AUGGAUAAGAAGAAGAAGCUGAAGCACACCGUGAACAAAGUAAAAGAGCAAUCGAGCAUGGAGAAGAAGAAUCAGAAUGACAAGAGCAAGAGCAUUCACGACAUCCUCCCUCUUGACCUGAUUCACAUAAUCCUUCUGCGGGUGCCGAUCAGACAUCUCGCUCGCCUCAGAUGCGUUUCCAAGCUCUGGUGCUCUCUAAUUUCUGAUCCUGACUUCGCGGCAUUGCAUUUUUACCACUCUACUACUGCCAGCAAUGCAUGCCUCUUCAUGGAAAACGACACUAUGGCUGACUUGACUUACUUGGACGACAACGAUGCAUCACAAAAAGAGGUGUGUCUCCCUUUCCAAAAGAAAGCACGUUCUGGUUUUGUGGUCUUGGGAUCUUGCAGAGGCUUUAUUCUCUUGCAUGGAGACCCACAUUUCCUUGUGGUAUGGAACCCACUCACAGGAUCCAACAAAAGAAUAUCCUACUCUCAUAUUGUUCAUCGUAGUAAGCCCCCUCGCUAUGGCAGGAUUGCCUACCGUUCGUAUCUGCAUGGAUUUGGUUAUGAUGCAUCACAGGAUGAUUACUUACUUCUUGUAGCUUGGAGCGAUUGCAAAGGACAUUAUCAUUUGGAUUGCUUUUCCCUGAGAACCAAUUCAUGGAUUAAUCUUGAUGCUGCUGUCCCCAAACUCUUGGGUUUUCGUUACUGGCAUUCUGGUGGGUUGUUCUUUAAUGGUGCUGUUCAUUGGGUGCCUUUCGAUCUUGAAGAUUACAGGGAUGCUAUUGUUAUCUUUGAUCUCAAGGAAAUGACUUUUUCAACUAUAUCUGCGCCGGAACAACUGUCAGGCUCCUCUCCAAGUGUUGCCCUACUCGGAGGCUGCCUAGCCUUGUCUUCUCCCAAUGAUGAUUGCCGUAACACUGACAUAUGGGUGAUGAAAGAAUAUAAAGUGCACUCAUCUUGGACUCUCUAUCAGAUUCCUUGCUCGGUCUUCCUGCCUCUGUGCUUAUCUAGUAAUCGGGAUAUUAUUGGAAUAGGUUAUACUUCCUGUAGUAAAACAGAGUACCUCAUAUAUAAUGUCAGAGGAGACCUGCUCAAGCAUUUUAAAAAUUUGUGUUGUCAACUUCCCUACAAUCGUCCCUAUACUGUGUAUGCAGAGAGUCUCUUGCCACUCCCCAGUGACAUUAAAGAUAAGGAUAAUAAGAAGAUGAAGAAGGAAAUUGGCAUGUAA